AUGUUUUCUGUGAGAAAAUUUGUGCAGCACAUUAUUGGAAGGCAUAACUACCAUACAACUGAAAUCAAAAUGUCUUUAGAACAAGCAAAGUUAGUAGCAGCAUAUCGCGCUGUCGAUGAAUUUGUGCAAAAUAAUAACAUUGUUGGAAUCGGUAGUGGUUCAACUGUUGUAUAUGCAGUGCAACGUCUCGCCGAAAGAGUUGAAACAGAAAAUCUUAAGGUGACAUGUAUUCCAACGUCAUUUCAAGCAAAGCAGUUAAUUAUUAAACAUAACCUUAUAUUAGGAGAGCUUGAUACAAAUCCCACUAUUGAUGUUACUAUAGAUGGAGCUGAUGAAGUAGAUGCCAAUAUGACAUUAAUAAAAGGAGGUGGUGGUUGUUUAUUGCAAGAGAAAAUUAUUGCAUCAUGUUCAAAAAAGAUGAUAGUAAUUGCAGAUUAUACUAAAGACUCUCAGAAACUGGGUGAUAGAUACAAAAAAGGCAUACCUAUUGAAGUUGUUCCCAUGGCUUAUGUACCGAUAAAAAUAAAAAUUAUACAAAUGUUCGGAGGUGAAAUUAAAUUGAGAAGUGCUAUUGCAAAAGCCGGACCUGUUGUUACUGAUAAUGGUAAUUUUAUUCUUGAUUGGUUGUUUACUAACCAAGAUCUAGAUUGGGAUCAAGUUAAUUCUGAAAUAAAAAUGAUACCAGGUGUUGUAGAAACUGGUUUGUUUGUAAAAAUGUGCAACAAAGCUUAUUUUGGACAAGCGGAAGGCACUGUUGCCGAGAGAUCUAAUUAA